CAGAAGCCUGGUACAUCGACGGUACAAUUUCUGUCCGUUUUGAUAUUUACUCAACCGUUCUACAUCGGCUUCAAUAAUUCAUAGUCAUCGACAUGUACACGAGGAUAAGGCAAACGAUCCCUAUUCCGACGUGUUUCGCACAACGGCGACGCGUUGUUUCAGCAUGGAACCGAGCCGUACCGUAAUUCUCGACUCGAUGCUAGUACUGCGAAAUUUCCUGCCUAAAUCGGGGAUAUUGUGAGCUUGAUUACUUCGAUAUAGAUAUUGCGUUACAGCCAUGCCCGGGGGCGUGUAAUCGAACUACGCGGAGUCUCGUAAACUCGAUGAACUCGAAAGACGAGCCACCGUCGAAGUCUCGAAGUUCUGACGGCGUGCAAUGUUAGCACUUUGCCGUGGAGUUCGCUUCCAACCCCAUCCUCGCAUCCCCCUCUAACACUGCGUUGCUCUUGCUUCUGAUCCGACGAUUUCCAUGGGUAAUUACUUUUCCCCUGUGCAAACGGCAUCCUUGUUCGCGAGUGAAUUUUAAAAUUUCCUCCAAAGACGAAUCGCGAUUCCUUAUUGCGAUUCUGGGCUGAGAAAUCAUCAAGAUUUAAGUCUAUAGGACCUGAGGAUAGACAUUGAAAACGUAUUUUAUUUAUUGGAAUCUCAAUUUUUAAUACUUUCCAUAUCUCCAAGAUGCUUAAUUUUGUUUGAUAUCCUAGAAAAGUGUUCAGAUUCAUUGAAAAUCUAUCAAUACACUCGAACGAUGUAACUGCGAUGUCAGAGAUGGUCCUUUCAACACCUAUUCUCCAAUUUGAAAUACAUUUCGCGUGCUCCAGUCACGUUCCAAAGCAUUGACCAACUCUCGAGUGAACCCAGCUUAACUAAGCCAUCGUUGCGAAUCACCCCUAACUUCGCCUUCCCUCAUCCGGCUGAAAUAUUAAUUCAAUAAGUCCGAAGAUCGUCAUAGUAACCGUAAACACCCAUACGAGCUGUCGAAGUGCAAGAAAGCGAACCUCUCUGGUCGAAUUUCGAUCUUUCGAACCCUUUAAUCAAAGAAACAUGAGUUUCUUUCCGUUGAACGAGGUGCAAUGUGGCCCUCUGAAGCAAAGAAAGUAUCCCAAAGUGGUGAUCGGCUCUAUAAACGCACCCUUUGGCUACAGAAUUGACGAACGUUCGGAUUGUAAGGUCGUGCCAGUUCCAAAAAGCUUCGAGCAUUACGAGGAGGAGAAGCGGAGGGAGCACGAGCAGUUGAUGAAGAUUCUGGACUUUGAAAAAGAAACUAAUAGGAAGAUCCAUAAAAAGAAAGUCUGGCAACGAGUUCAACAAGGUUUAACGGAAUACCAGGAUGAAGUGGACGAGCGUCGAGAAAGGCUACGGGAGCUGCUGUUGCGGGAGCAGAUGAGUUUGACCCGCGAGGUGGUGGAUCAAGCGCAACACGGAGACGAUGCAAGGAUGGACGAGAUGCGAGAGAGAAGCGAGCAGUUGAAGAAACAGCAGGAGGAACAGCGUCUGGCGGUAGUUGCCGCGAAGAGGAUGCAGCAGUACCUGGACCAGUGUCCGGAAUUUCGAAAGAAGAUGCUGAAGAAGUCUUCGAUCGAUGCGAAGAUGGUUAACCUGGCACAGAUGGCUGACAACGAGGCGAAGAAACGCGCGGAGAAGGAGCUGGACAGCCUGUGGCACGAGCUGAUGCUGAAGGAAGUCGAGAUGAAGAAGGAAAGAGAGAUCGAGGAGGUGAAGAAUCGUUGUCUGAUCGAACAGGCGAAUGUAACCACCCUGGCGAAGCAGAUAGCUGGUAAACUAGCCCUCGAAGAGCAGAGGAAAGAGGUAGCAAAGGAGGACGGAGAGUACAUAGAGCAGAUGUUGAAGAAGUUACAAGAAGAAGAUGCGAAGAAGCAGGAGGAGGAUCGUCAGAAGAGGGAGAAGCUGAAGAAGGAGCUGCAGGAUCAAAUCUUGAUCGCGAAGAGGCAACUGGCUGAACGAGCUCGCCAGGAAGCGGAAAUAGACCGGUUGCGACAGACUUUAGCCGAAGAGGAACUGGCCAAAGAAAGGAGCAAGAUUAAAGAGUCGAGCGCGGCCCUUCGCAAGGAGCUGCUGUCUUAUUUGCAGUACCUGGAGGAGCUGAGGAAAGAGGAAGCCAGGAGGAACAUUGAACUGGACCGAAUAGUGGAACAGUGGACGAGGGAUGCUGCGGCUAAACGCGACCUUGAGAAGAAAAAAUCCAAAGAGGCCAGGCAGAAAAGUCUUCAGGAGAUGAUUCGAAGUCUCGACGAGCAGUUGAAGAUAAAAUGUCACAGGGAAGAGCGAGAAAUGGAAGAACGGCGAUUAGAAAAGGAAGCAUUGGAAAAGGAGAUCGAAUUGAACGCGAAAUUGGCUGCUCAUGCUAAAGAGGAAGCAAAGAACAAGAUGUUGCGUUAUGCCAAAGAGCUUGAGGAUCAGUGGACUCAAAUUGGCGAGGCACGACGUAGGGAAAGGGCGGAGGAGAUUGAGAGAAUGCGACUUGAAGAGUUGAAACAGCAAGAGGAGUAUGAGAUGCUUACGGAGGAAUUAUUGAAUGCUUCUGAGAAUAUUACGCCACAUCCGUUCAAGAUUUUGUUGAAACAAUGCGCGGCUCGUUAUGCUGCGGAGAAAGAGGGACAUUGUUAUUGCCCUCCUCCUUUGCUUGAAGAGUAACUUCACGUUUGUAUGUAUUUUGUGUACCCCAAUUUUAAACGAAAUUAAUUGCAAAUAUAAUUUGAUUAAUUUUCGUUGAUUUUAAAUAUGCAGAAUGUAAGAUCGUCUAUUUGCAUAAAACUUAUUCUUUUUCGAAACUUCAAUCUUGUUUUUCCCGCGCCGCAAAGAUACAUGAUCACCGUCCGAGGAUCUAUACUUCGGACUACCUGUACCAUCUGUUUUAUACUGCGAGAAGCUUUGAACGAGCCUCCAUUGUCGCUAAGUUAGAACUCUGUUUUAUUUAUCGAUUCUAUAUUCUUUGAGAUACAUAUAUCAGUGAUUACUGAUACAAAAGUCUGGACAUGACUUUGUUUUCGACGGUUCAUGAUUUAAGGGUCUCAAACACCCCUAGUUGACAUUAGGUCUGCAUGCAGAGAGCAUAGCCGGUAUGAUAAUCGGGCCUGUUUUACCACUCCCUCUUUUGCCGCACCACAGACUGACAUUUGAAAACACCCAAUUUUCACUCUCUUUGAUUCUCCUUUUUUUUUAGAAACCAGUCAAAAGCAGCGCAAGACUGAACAAUUAUUAUUCUAAUUGUUUGACAAACUUGUAUUUACUUUAUACACCUUUCUAAAUAAAUUAUUUUAAAAAAGCAACAGCGUUAUUAUUU